AUGGCGGAGUCGAAAAAGUAUCGGGCGAUUCCCAGGAUGGGUAUUGCCAACGCGAUAAGGUUCGCAUGGAGGGAAAAGGAGAUGGAGCCCUUUGGAAGGGAGACGUUCGGGAGGACCAUACUCAUGGGGGUCCUGAAGCUGGAGGUAAAGGACGUGUUGUGCCUCCAGGCGAAUCCCCUGGAAGGGGCAUAUGAUGUCGUGCUCCACACGGAGGGGAAGCAUGACGAGGUCAUGGGAAGGGUGAAGGUGGUGGAGAAGGCUAGACCCAUGUGCCACUACGAAGUGGCGAGCCUGGCGAGAAACGGCUUCAGAGUGGUGACUGUAAACAUGUACAACCCGCAUGUUAAGGAAGAGGAGGUGAGGGCCUUUCUGGGGAGGUACAUGGACAAUGUCUCCUCAGCAAGGCUCCUCAAGGACACGCUCGGGUUCUGGAACGGGAGGAGGAGUUUCCAGGCCUUGUUGAAGGAAGACCCAGGGGGCCUGGGGGGGUACCUUCAUCCUCCAGCAAUGUUUUCCCUGGGGGCUGAUAGGGGGACAAUAUUUUAUGCCCGUCAGCCUCCGUUCUGCAGACGCUGCAUGACGUACGGACAUAAUUUCGCCUCAUGUGGAGGGAGGAAGUGCAGGGUGUGUGGGUCAGGGGCGCACGAGGCGAAAGACUGUGGUGAGCCAAAGAAAUGCCACGGGUGUGGAUCAUCAGCACAUCUGUGGAGGGACUGCACGGCUCGCCACAAGUCGUAUGCAGCGGCUGCAGGGGGGGGAGCAGGUGCAGGAGAGGGGGAUGGGGGAGGAAGUGGAGAGGGAGUUCCAGACCCGAGCCAAGGGCCAGAGGGAAGUCCGGCUGCAACAGAGGAGGUGCCAGGAAAAGCAGCGGGAAGAGAGGAGGACGGGCAGAGGACGGCAGGAAAAGGACAGGAAGGAGAGGCGGGAACGGCGACGGAGACGGAGACAGAGGGGAGAGUGGGAGAGGAGGUGCCAGAGACGGAGCAGCGAGAGGAGGUCGGUGAGGUGCCGGCCACAGCCCUGGAAGGAGAGGAGAAGGGGAGAGGGGCGAUGCCGGAGGGGGGGAGUAGGGAGAGAGCGAGAGAAGGGGAGGAGGAGCUGAGGGAGGUGAGGGAGGAGCUGGGGGUUAGGGGGGUUAUGGUUUCCCCGCUGUCGGGUCAUACGAAGAAGAGAGGGAAGAGGAGGGGGAGGUCUGGGGAUAGGAAGAGGGAGAUGGGCGGGGGGGAAGAGGGGGAGGCGAAGCGAGUAAUGGGAGAGAAGGAGGGUGGUGGGGAAGAAGCUCCCACGGCGCUGACCCCUCCCAAUGCACAACUGCCGGGGGCACCCACUGGGGGGUGGCAGGGGGGGGCAGAGGACGCUGGAUCCCCGGUGCUAUUUCCAACCGUUUUCUGGGUUGAUGGGAUGGAGGAGGAUGGUGGUGAGCCCAGGGAUCAGGAAACCCGGGAACCGAACACCAUUCCGGCAUCCUGGGCUGGGGAGAUGGAGGAGAGUGGGGGGACGACACCUGAAGGGGGGUCGGAGGCACCGCUGGAGGAGAUGGAGCAGGGGAGCAUCAGGUGAGCCUCCUGUUUUGGUUUUUUAGUUUGGGGGAAUAUUAUUGCGUGAUGUGUAAUAUGUAUUAUGGCAGGGGUUAUUUUUGUUACGGUAAAUGUGAGGGGAAUAAGGGAGGGGGUUAAGAGAAGGGCGGUUUUUGGGUAUUUAGAGGGGGUGGGUUUUGAUGUUUGUUUUAUACAGGAGGUUCACCUAAGGGAUAGUGGGGAUGUUUUAAGGUUUAGGAGGGAGUGGGACAAGGGGGAGUCGGUGUGGGGCAUAGGGGGGGUUCAUUCAUCAGGGGUGGGGAUUCUGUGUGGGAAUAGGGAGGUGAAGGUGGAGGGCACUUUUGUGGGUAUGCAGGGUAGGGUACUGGGAGCGGAUGUCACGAUAAGGGAGAGUAGAUACAGGGUUAUUGUGGUGUACGGGCCACAGUUGGCAACGGGCAGGAGGGAGAUGGUGGACUGCCUGGAGCCGCUGUGUGCUACAAAUAGACACUUGGUGAUAGGGGGGGAUUUCAAUGUAGACAUAGGGAGGGGGGGGGAUAGUAGUGCAGGAGCCGUCGCCGGACUAAUGGCAAGCCAUGGUCUGGUGGAUGGGGGCCUGCACACUGUUCCGGCGAUGGCAUGGCCAACAUGGCGCAACUCUAGGGGGGUCGAGCGGAGGCUCGACUAUAUUUUCCUAUCUAGGUCUCUGGGUCAGUUGUCUGGGCGCUUGUUGCCUGUGUUCUUUUCGGACCACGACGGGGUGCUCCUGCAGGUGGGGGCACCAGUCUGUCUCUUCGGUAGGGGGUACUGGAAGUUAGAACGGGAGGUGCUGGAUGGGCAGGCUUUCGUCAACGCUUUUGUAGAUUUUUUUAGGGGGCUUGAAGGCCUCCGGUCCAUGUGUGAGGGGGUGUUAGAGUGGUGGGAAAUAGUGAAGGUGAGGAUGAGGGUUUUUAUAAUAGGACAGUGGAAGAGGAAAAAGAGGGAGGAAAGGAGGGAGGUGGAUCAUAUCCAAAGGCUGCUAGAACUCGAGCUUGAGGCAGGCAACCUCGGCGGGUCGGCAGACUGGGAGAGAUCCGCUGCCCUAAAGGCGCAGCUAAGGGAGGUGCAUGAGCGGAAGGCUCGCGCUUUCUUGAUGCGGGCGCGUAGUGGUUUUAUAGAACACGACGAAACAUGUUCGGCCGUGUUCUUUAAAUCAGUAAGGGAAAGGCAGAGUAGGAAGGUAAUGUAUGGGGUUAGGGAAGAAAGCGGUAGAGUAGUGAGAGAGACGGAGGAAAUGGUCAAGGUGACCACGGAGCAUUUCCGAGGUUUCUUUCAAGAGAGGGCAGUAGAUGUAGAGCAGGGCAAUGUGUUUUUAGAACACCUGUCCCGGCAAGUGCCGGAGGACAUUAGAAAAGCAAUGGAGGCUGAGAUCUCCCUAGAAGAGGUUGAGAGCGCCCUCAGGAGGAUGGGAAAAGGGAAGGUGCCCGGGAUGGAUGGGCUGCCGGCUGAGUUUUACCUCAAGUUUUGGGGUAUACUUGGGCCAGUAGUCCUCGAAGUCUUGAAGGCCAUCCUCGAGACAGGGGUCCCGGGGGGAUCGAUGGCCGUAGGUGUGCUGUCACUUCUGUACAAGAAGGGGGACGCUACAGAUCUCGGCAACUGGCGGCCGUUGACCAUGCUGUGCGUAGACUACAAGCUACUUGCGAAGGUUCUAGCGGACCGGUUGCGCACAGCCCUUCCCUACGUCGUCCAUGAGGAUCAGACGUGUGGGAUAGAGGGACGCUCUAUUAGGUGGAACCUGAGUUUGAUCAGGGACUCCAUUGCUUGGGCAGAGGAUAGAGGGCUGCCGCUAAUGGUAGCAGCACUCGACCAGGCUAAAGCCUUUGAUCGAGUGAAUAGAUCUUUUCUUUUCAGGGUGUUAGGCAGAUUAGGUUUUGGGGAGAAGUAUAUAGGGUGGAUCCGUGCUUUAUAUGUCGGAGCAGGGUGCCGGGUGAACGUAAACGGUCACAUGGGUGACGUUUUUGACCUUGAGUCUGGGGUCAGGCAGGGGUGCCCGCUCUCGGCACUCCUCUUCGUUCUGUACAUGGAGCCUCUGGGGGCUGCCAUUAGGGCAGACACAGGGGUGGAGGGCAUGCUUAUCCCUGGAAGCGGUGGGCUGCAUGUUAAGAUGACCCAGUACGCAGACGAUACUUCCUUGUUGCUAUGCAAGGACUCGUGCCUGACUAGGUCCCUUGCCAUCAUAGGGGAAUUCACCCGAGCGUCGGGAGCGGUCCUCAAUCACGCUAAGUCAUCCGUAAAGUAUUUCGGAAGAUGGCGUGGGAGGACGGAUGUGCCUGGGGGGUUAUCUCUCUGUAGUGGGGCCCUGAAGAUUCUCGGGGUCCUUUUUGAGACCUCUGGCUCAGCGACGCUGAACUGGAACAGAUGCAUCGCAGUGGUGCAGAGGAAGGUGGGGAUGUGGAGGGCUAGGUCAUUGUCUUUUAUAGGCAAGGUCCUGGUCCUCAAGGUGGAUGUGUUGCCAUCACUAUUGUAUAUGGCAUACGUCUACCCAUUGCCAGAGAGUCUGAGAGUGCCUCUAGUGAGGCUGGUGUUCCAGUUCAUGUGGGGUGGCAGGCAAGAGUAUGUCGCGAGGGUACGCAUGCUCUGUCCCAUCGGGGAGGGAGGUAGGGGGGUACCACAUUUCCCCCUCAAGCUGGAUUCAAUUUUUGUUUCAUAUUUGUUGACUGAGCUGGCUCAUCCGGUAAUACACCCGUCUGGUUACCUCCUGCGGGUGUUCUUCUCUUACCAGGCGAGAAGCGUAAUGGUGUGGACUAACACGGGUCCUCGGGCGGAACAGCUGCCGUGGCACUUUAGCUAUGCGGCCAAGUGGCUGCGUGGUCACCCCGAGGUUGAAGUAGCCCGAGUAGGUUUAGAUCACAGGCACCUGUACGAGGAGGUGAGACGGGGAGGGUGUCCCGGGCCGGUAUUGGGUAUCCCGGCGGUGGUUUGGGAGGGAGUGCAGGUGCGAGGUCUGGAUAACAGGCUCAAGGACCUGAAUUGGUUGAGCCUCCAUAAGGGCUUGCCCGUACGUUCCAUCUUGUACGGGCGUGGCUUGACUCGAUCCCCCACCUGCCCAAGGCCAACGUGUGGCGGGGAGGAGACGGUGCGCCAUGUUUUUUGGGACUGUGCUUUCGCCGGGGUAGUGUGGGCUAGGGCACAGGGUCUGAUAGGCAGGGUGAGAGGGGAUUUUGUGGUUACAUGGGCUAGGGUAGAGAGAGGGGUAGGGAGAGCGAGGGGGACGGUUAGGGACAGGUUUCUGCUCUGGCUUCUCAUAAGCCUCUUUAAACAGGGUUUGUGGGAGGCUAGGCAGAAAUUGGAAAGGACAGGGGGGGAAGGGGGUGUGGAGGGGAUAGUGAGGAGGGUGGAGAGAAAUUUGAGGGGGAGGAUGAAGGGAGAGGAGAAGAAGUGGGGGCAGCAUGCCGCUCGGGAGAGGUGGAAGGGGGGUUUAGGAUUAGUGUAGAGGGGGGGUUUAGGUUUAGUAUAGAGGGGUAGGGAGGAGGGUGUGUUUUUUGUGGCUGGGUAAAAAGGGGAGGGAAGGUGCUCCCCUGAGGUGUAUCUAGUGUUAUAGUUUGAUUUUUGUUUGGUUUCUCAUAGCCCUAUGUGGCGUAGCCGGUAUACAUGAUGUGAUUUCUAUGUUUAUUUUAUCGUAGUCCUAGGUGGCUCAGUGGGGUAGAGCAUGGCGUUUGUAGAGGGUUCGGAAUCCGAAGCCGCCCAUAUGUAAAAUGUAUGCAAGCAUGACGGUAAGUACAGCGUCUGCUAAAUGGCAUAGUAUAGUUUUUUCUUAUUAUGAUGGGGCUGUUGGUUGGUUAAUAGGGAUGGGGUGGUGGAAAGAGGAGGGUGAGAGGAUACUGGAGUGAGAAUGGUGUGGCGUGAUGCAAAUAUUGUAUUGUAUUGAAAUUGAAUGAUUUAUGAUGUAUGGUUUUUGUACGUUUUUAAUAAAAACCCUUAAAUCAGAACCAAGCAAACCGCUCGCAAAUCCACCGGUGGCAAAGCCCCCAGGAAGCAGCUCGCCACUAAGGCUGCUCGCAAGAGUGCCCCGGCCACCGGCGGUGUGAAGAAGCCUCACCGUUACAGGCCCGGCACCGUGGCUCUGAGAGAGAUCCGUCGUUACCAGAAGUCCACUGAGCUGCUCAUCCGCAAGCUGCCCUUCCAGCGCCUGGUGCGAGAAAUCGCCCAGGACUUCAAGACCGACCUGCGCUUCCAGAGCUCCGCCGUGAUGGCCCUACAGGAGGCUAGCGAGGCUUACCUGGUCGGCCUGUUCGAGGACACCAACCUGUGCGCCAUCCACGCCAAGCGGGUGACCAUCAUGCCCAAGGACAUCCAGCUGGCCCGCCGUAUUCGCGGAGAGCGCGCAUAA